UUGGUUAUCUAAAAGAUCUCUUUAUGUUUGCUGCUAACUUGCUAAUUUCGUACAAUAUUAUUCAUUCCAUUUCAAUAUGUAGUUGAUUUGGUUUUGAAAUUUCAAAUAACAUAUGUAGAGGAGUCUCACUAUUUUUCCAACAACCGGCGCGCGCACAUCGUUUUCCGGCAUUUCGAAUAUUCGUAAUUUUAAAUGUGCUUGUGAUAUUGAAGGAAAUCUCUUCGAAGUGUAGUGAAAGCGUCAGUGUGGAAUCAACAGUGGUGAAAUCGAAACAUACGGUUUAUUAGAUUUGGCGAAUUGGAAUAAUAAUUUAAUUACUAAUUAAUUACUAAUAAACGCACAAUGGUCAUCAGCAGCUAUACGUGGAAUCUCGCCAAUCAAUGCUUCAUUUUGGCCAUAACCGUUUGUCUGUCGGUGAAAUGUGCGCAAAUGAAAUUCCAAAAGACCGCAACACAUGCCUUUCUCUGCACGCUUGGGUUUGUUUUUCUCUCCGCUGAGGGCAUGAUGGUGCGUUGCAACAACAACUGGCUAACGCGCUCCUUGCAUCCGAAUACAAAGACAAUGUUGCAUUUUUGGUUGCAACUAAUCGGUGGCAUUUUAGGGGUGGCUGGUACGUUGCAGAAAUCGCUACCUAAAGAACACCAUUUUCGUUCGUGGCAUGGAAAACUAGGUUUAGCUGCCUGUGUGUUCUUUGUGAUCAACUGCCUCUCAGGCUCUUUGGGUCUAUAUUCCUGGAAUUAUCGUCAGUAUGUGUCGCCGUUUGUGAAUGACUUUGUACACAAUUUUCUUGGUUUGCUAACAUUUGUGACUGCAAUGCUAGCGCAAUACACCGGCUAUAACACAGGCUUCUUCCGCCGCAACUUAAAGGAGCAUGAAAAGUUCUAUAAAUACCUAACGGCGGCCGUUUUGGUGCUGACUACAUGGGGACCAUUAAUGAUAUUUCUGGGGAAACUUUAUUAGUUUUAGAUAAUAUUUAAGGAUUAAGCAAUAAGUCUACCUUUUAAAGGAUAUGUGAUUGUACAAAGUUCGAAUUUAGAAGCGUGCUUGUGGCUUAAAUUAUGAAAUAGCUAAUGAGUUUGUAAUUUUUUAUUUUGUAGCAAUUGUAUUUUAUUAGUUAUCGUUGUUGAGCAUUGUAGUGGUUUCUGUGUAUAAGAUCUAAGCUAACUUGUUCAUAUUUUUAUUUUACUAAAACGAUAGUAAACUAACCUAACAAUUGAAGAAAAAAAUAUUUUAAUGAAUUAAUUAAAUUAAAUGAGAGAGAUGCUCAUAUGAAUGAUACUAAUAUGAAUUUAUGAUAUUUAGAAUAACUAGACAAAUUAUUUUUAACACAUUGAGUGCCAAGGGGUUUUGACGAAAACCUUCCCCGGGUGCCUAGCACAUUUUUUUCUAUAAACUGGUGUAAAAGUAGAAAAUAUUCAGUUCUGCGCCAAUUCCGGAUGAUUUUAUGGUUUAUUUUGGAUUAUAUAACGGUUUUUUUUGUCGCAUGUUUCCUUACGACAUGGCACUGCAUGAUGGAAUUGCAAACGUAAAAAUCGAUGUCGUACGAAAAUGUGCGACGCGAUUUUUUUACUAUUUCUUAUUUUUUUCUUUUUACACAUUUUAUUUAAAUUUUUUAUCAUAUGGCUAAAACUGUUUGCGAGAUCUGAGAAUCUGAUUUGAAAGGUCAGGGUCGAUCUUUAUAUGUAGACAACUUUUACACAAGCUAUGAAUUGGCUCGUUCAAUGCUAGAUCAAAAAACACAUGUGGUCGGUACACUCCGUGCCAACAAGAAACAUUUCCCAAAAGAAGUUAUGGUUGCUCCUAUAAAGAAAGGCGAAGUAGUGGCUAGAGAAGAUCCCUAUGGUAUAGUUGUUCUAAAGUGGAAAGAUAAACGCGACGUCAAAAUGCUAUCCACGAAACAUGCCCCGAUAAUGGUAUCCAUAACAGAUGGAGCACUAUUUAUCCUGCACAAUCCUGCAGAGCCUUCAACUAGUCAAGGAGCGAGACGUAAAAGACGAGCAACAGAAAAGCCACUGGCUGUGGUAGAAUAUGGGGAAAUCAGGCAUUGAUCUUUCCGACCAAAUGGCUUCAUACGCAAAUACCCUUUGCAAAGGGUUAAAAUGGUACCGAAAGCUGGGAAUUGAACUUUUACUUGGACUUACCGUGGUAUAUGCCUAUACUGUGUAUAAAGCAGCUACGAAUAGAAACAUUAAUAUACGAACAUUCCGUGAACGCGUUGCUAUGGGCCCACUAGAUCUCGCAUCCCCGCAGCCUGUAUCGCAAUCAUAUAUUAUCACAAAAAGAGUAGAUGAAAAUAAUAAAACCAUCCGACGUGCUUGUGUUUUAUGCUACGCUGAAGCAAAAAGAAAAUUUAGUCGAAAGGAAGCAAGAAAGAAUAUCAAAAGGACAACUACGUACUGUCCGCAAUGCCCCAACACUCCCCAAUUGUGCAUUGAUUGCUUUCCAAAAUAUACACAUCUAAAAAAUUAAUGUAAAAAAUCAAUGUAAUUGAAGUUAUCAUAUCCUAAUUUUAAUUUUUCAAUAUCUUUUUUAUACUUUUCUUCCGAAAUAUCGAAUGGGUUCCAAUAAGUUUUCAAAAUUAAAAAGAACCUCCGAGUUUUUAUCAUAAAAACCGCAAAAUUGAAGAUAUCUCUAUGAAACUUGGACCAAAAUUUAGGGCAAACUUUAGGCUACUAGAAAUACAUUUAAAAACCAACCAACCAGCGUCAACCAAAAACACAUGGCAAUACCUAAGGCCAGACAAUGCCUGUCGCACGAAAACGUGUAGCCAUGGCACUCAAUGUGUUAACAAAGCCUGUUUUCCCUUCCUCCACAUAAAUGCUUGAUCCAAUGUCCAAUAAAAUGACAACCCUGUUGUGUACAGCUACCAUAUACGCUCGUAUAGUAAGCGUUGGGUCACCAGGUACAAAAAUGUACAUUAUUCAUGGCGACCGACUAGUAAUCACAGACAAAUAAGCAAUCCAGUGUUUAUUCAUUUUUACUAUCUCUAACUGGCAUACCUCUUCUUCCAGUAUAUAGAAUUGUCAAAAUCAAGCUAUUGGUCGUGAGUGUUAUUGGUUCUCGUACUCGUACAAAAUGGCGCGAGUAGCGCUCUUUGAGCACGGAAUGGGAUGCACUCCUAGCUACCUACUCGUAAGCAAAAGUAAUACACCACAGUAGAUCUCAAAGUAUAAUAAAACAGUUUUCAUAUUUUUUUUACAUUUUUAUUUUAUUAGAACCAAACAUUCCUUUAUGGAUAGGGUUUAUCGUAGUUGGUAUACAUAUAUAUAUAUAUAGUAAUUGAGAAAACCAUUUUAAAAGCCAUUUAUAAAGUAAAAUGUGAUUGUUUGGAAAAUGUAUAUAUGUAUAUGUAAAUAAUAUGAAAUAUAU